AUGGCGUACCAUGCCGUCCUCCCCUUUACGUCGCCAACCCUUCACUUCCUAUACGAGACCCUUCCUGCAUUAUCUGCGUGCAGCGUGCGCGCCUGCAGAAUAUCUCCUUUCGCUACGUACGCCGCCAGUCUUGUCGGGAGAACGUCCGUUGCAGCUUCCCUCCUCUCGACUUUGUGUCUUUGGGAGUCCAUUGGCAUUGGCUCCAUUGGGUCCAUUGCUGGCCCCUCCGUCUCCGGUCUGCCCAGUAUGGGCCGGGCUGUCACGGAUCAGAUGGAAUGA